AUGCAUCGUCCAUCCGCCCUUCUCACCCUCACGAGCGCUGCCCUAGCGGCGGCCCAGGGCUACUCGACCGAGUGCUCAGACAUCACCCUGAACGGCGAUUGGCUCGUCGCUACGUGUCCCACGGGCAAUGGCGAUGAAAUCGCCAGUAGUGUCUACUUGCCCAGCAAGAUCGGCAACAACAACGGAAAUCUAGAGUGGUCUACAGGCGGCGCAUACCACCAGUCCUGCGAAGACUGCGCUCUCUCGGAUGCCGCAAACCUGUCGUGCAGUUGUCGAAUUGCAUCCCUGCCCAGGUACCAAGAGACUAGCAUAAACCUCGAAACCUACAUAGCAAACUACGAAGGCCACCUCCUCUCAAACCAAACCGGCCCCAUCACAACUAUCCCAGAGGACUCUACAGUCCCCGUGCCCUCGGACUUUGACGUCCUGGUGAAACUUGGCGGGCUAAACAACACCUGCACUUCUCUCGGCGCAACACUGGGCUACCAACUGCUCACCGACUGCUACUAUCUGAACCUGGGUGGUGACAUCACCUGGCCGACUGCGACCUCGGAGAACAACAACGGGUGGGAGAUUAGUGCGUUUGAGGAUCGUGAGUGUGCGGGCGAGCCCGAGGUUGUAUUUACACAGGAGAAUCAGGGCGAGUGCUUUAACCCGGAUCCGGCUGUUAGGGCUUUCUCGUGGAAGCCGUUGUGGAAUGCGGAUUAUUAG